AUGGAGGGCAAAGAAGCCAUGCACGAGUCCCUCAGCGCUGUUCUAGACCCCCUCAGCUCUGUUCUAGACUCCCUCAGCUCUGUUCUAGACCCCCUCAGCUCUGUUCUAGACUCCCUCAGCUCUGUUCUAGAAUCUCUCAGCUCUGUUCUAGAUUCCUUCAGUGCUGUUCUAGACUCCUUCAGUGCUGUUCUAGACUCCCUCAGCUCUGUUCUAGACUCCUUCAGUGCUGUUCUAGACUCCCUCAGCUCUGUUCUAGACUCCUUCAGCGUUGUUCUAGACUCCCUCAGCUCUGUUCUAGACUCCUUCAGUGCUGUUCUAGACUCCCUCAGCUCUGUUCUAGACUCCUUCAGUGCUGUUCUAGACUCCCUCAGCUCUGUUCUAGACUCCUUCAGCGUUGUUCUAGACUCCCUCAGAGGGCUUCUACUCUAUGAGAACCGCCCUCAUUCUCCGAACAGAGUUCUCCCAUUUGAGUACCGUUACGGUUAUCAAACGCCCCAAGAAGUUGUACCUCAGAAAGAAGAGCCUGUUCGCAUAGACUCAGAGACGGAGCUCUCAGAGUACGACAACGAACUGUGUAACACCUCCCCCUUCCCAUCUAAACCCCAAGACGUAGAGGAUUCACAGGACAGCCCCAGGCAGUCUCCAGAGGGGGGGACCACCCAGGCCCUGAGCCCCAGCCAGGAAGAAGGUAGAGCGGGGGGGAAGUGGAGGGUAGAGAGAGUGGACGAAAAGAUGUCAGCCCAGCGGCAGUGUGAGGAGGUGGAGAGGAGGGAUGCAGCCUGGAGGGUGAUGCGGAAGAUUGAGGAGGUAGAAGGGAUCAAACGGAGGGUCAGUCUCACCAGCGCUGACUGGAUCAAAGAGGAGAGUGAGGGGAGUGUUUUUGGACUGUUUACCUCUACGCCAAAUGGCUGUGUGUCUGAAGGAGAGUCAGUGUUAGAGACAAAACCCUCUCUCCAACCCCAGCUGCAGUGUUCUGUCCAGCCACCACCCUCUCUCCAGCCCCAGCCUCAGUGUUCUGUCCAGCCAACACCCUCUCUCCAGCCCCAGCUGCGGUGUUCUGUCCAGCCAACACCCUCUCUCCAGCCCCAGCUGCAGUGUUCUGUCCAGCCACCACCUUCUCUCCAGCCCCAGCUGCAGUGUUCUGUCCAGGCACCACCUUCUCUCCAGCCCCAGCUGCAGUGUUCUGUCCAGCCACCACCUGUCUCUCCAGCCCCAGCUGCAGUGUUCUGUCCAGGCACCACCUUCUCUCCAGCCCCAGCUGCAGUCCUCUGUCCAGCCACCACCCUCAGUGUUCUUCAACCCCAGCUGCAGUCCUCUGUCCAGCCACCACCCUCUCUUCAACCCCAGCUGCAGUGCUCUGUCCAGCCACCACCCUCUCUCCAGCCCCAGCUGCAGUGCUCUGUCCAGCCACCACCCUCUCUCCAGCCCCAGCUGCCGUGUUCUGUCCAGCCACCACCCUUUCUUAAGCCCCAGCAACAACAACUGCCAGAACCUUCUGCCCAAACCCAGCCCUCUCUCCAGCCCCAACCAGAGAUCCAGGAUUGGGGACCCACUCGGGAAGAUCCUCUCCCAGUUGAGGAGCUCCGUGCCCUGGGUGAGGCGCUGAGCCAGAGCCUGCGGAGAGCCCUGAGGAUGGAGGGUCUAGGGGAAGACGAGGACUGGGAGUCAGUGAGGCAUAGAGAAAGAGAAGAGUCCAAAUAA